AUGCUGUGUCGCCCCCUUUCUUCCUCGCCAAAGCACGUGGAGGAACGUGCACUAUGGCACCCUCUGACGCUGCAGCUUGUUGUCCACCGUGCCAAACACCUCCUCAACAAUGGCUUUGGCAUGUAUAGCCUGUUUAAGAACAACUGUGAGGACUUCGCGAUAUACUGCAAGACGGAACUGCUCGUCGAGACUGCUUACAGCGUUGGGCGCAGUGGGCAGCUGGCGUCCCUGACGGCUGCUUUCAGCGCGGUGGCUUCUUCGCCGCUGCGUUUCCUGACAACUAGUGCUAGCGGUCUGGCAAUUGUGACAAGCGGCAUGUACUGCGUGGGGCGAUAUGUGUCAGACAUGGGUGUUCGCCGUGAUGUGAUCAAGGUGCCUGUGGAAAGGCUUGUAGAGCACUGGGUGAACAAUGUCACUCCUGCUCUUCCUCAAGGGGCCACACAGCCGGAGACGGCAACGCCAGGAGGCUCGCCGCUGCUACCAGGGGAAGGGGAGCUUGCUAAAAUGGCAACACCAGGAGGCUCGCUGGAGCUACCAGGGGAAGGGGAGCUUGCUAAAACGGCAACACCUGGAGGCUCGCCGGAGCUACCAGGGGAAGGGGAGCUUGCUAAAAUGGCAACACCAGGAGGCUUUCCGGAGCUACCAGGGGAAGGGGAGCUUGCUAAAACGGCAACACCAGGAGGCUCGCUGGAGCUACCAGGGGAAGGCGAGCUUGCUAAAACGGCAACACCAGGAAGCUCGCCGGAGCUACUAGGGGAAGGUGAGCUUGCUAAAGCGGCAACACCAGGAGGCUCGCCAGAGUUACCAGGGGAAGGGGGACUCGCUAAAAAGGACAGCCGUAUUUAG